GUGGUUGUCAUAAUUUUUGGUAUAGUAGUUGUGACUCAUUCACACUAUAUACAUUUGGCUUCCGCAACAUGAUAGACAUUGUUGUUUGAGGGCCAUACCGUGUGGUACAAAUAUUUGGUACGUUUGACCAGCUCACUAGAUGAUUUUCCUAUGGUAAACAGUCUUUGAUGGAUAGUAUCUUUAUAUUCCAAAUAUUAAUAUAGUCCAUCAGAUGUAAGGGGUGACAUGUUGCACUUGCCGAGAAUAGACAAUAUUAACUUUCUCAAAUUUACUACUCUCAAGUAAGUUUGUCUGGUAUGUUUUCCUUUUAUAAGAAGCUUGAAUUCAGUGCUAUAGUAACAUCUUCUAUAUCAGUAAGGCAACCAGAUUGACACAAAACCUUAACAAUUUAACUCACAACAUUGCCCUUUUCUCUUCAUCAACAGCUUGGUAAUAAAAUUCUGGAUUUGAUCGUCAAACAAUGUAUCAACUUUUGUGAUCUAUGACAUAUAUUGCUGUCCCACAACUAUUAGCAGCUUCAAUUUUAUCUCCAUUAGUCACUAGCAAUCAAUAUGCUUAUGUGAGUUGGGUCCUUCUGUAUGUACAAUAAAUGCUAAAUUAUAGUUACUUUACAUUGAAUUGCCAUCUCUAGCAUUCAAUUAUCAAACAAUGCCAUUUCUUGCUAAUUGUGCUCAUCACCUUGUUCUACCGCUAUAAUAUAGCCUUUGUUUUGUCAUAGUGACUCGUAGCAUGGUACUAUUUUCAUUAUCAUCACGUUUCAACCGAAUUUGGUCACCUAGUUUCUGUAAUCCAAAUUUUAUUUGCUUGGUUGCUGUUGCCAGGAUCAAUUAUUUCCCGGAGAAUUCCUUAUGUAAAUUAUACAUUUCUAGGAUGGCCCUCCAUAAGAUACACUGUUUUAUAUCAAAAAUUGUCUUAUAUCACGCUUUUUUCUUUCUCUAUUUAUUUUUGGGGACAAUUGCACUUGUGAAUAGGUGCAAAGGGAAGUGAGAAGAAGAGAGUCUUUAGCAAGAGUUAAAUGCUUCACCACGUAGCUGCAAAUUGGACUUGCAAAUAAGCUAGCUUAUCUUAAAGGUUGUUCAUUGUCUUAUAUCAUCUAUUGACCCUAUAGAUGAGCUUCUCUUGAUUCUCCAUAUAUAUUACAGGCAUUUACCAAACCUCAUUAGUUUUUUGGAAAUCUUCCAACUUCAUUGGCUUAAUGUGAAGCUAAAUUGUCUUAAAGACGUUUUUGAUCUUUUUCAAGCUUUUGUUCUUCCGAUAUGUUACUCCUUGAUGAUAACUGUCCUCUGGCUUUCUAGUUAACCACUUCAGAAUUAUGUGAGAGAGCAAGACUGCCAAGCAUCUCUGACUUAACAUCUUUAUAACUGGAAAAGAGUGAAUGGAUAGUCUUCUUUAAGAUGUUGACAGUUUAAAAGUUCUGAGUUUCGUGCACUUUCAGCAUACUCUUUAAUACCAAAUUGACCUCUCGGGCUCAAGUACAUUUGUCUGAGUCAACCACCCCCUUCUAUUCUAGAGUAAAGGAAUGUUUGGAGCAGUAAAGGUCAAUGGAAAUGCGGUCCUGCUGCAUAGGUUGAUGAUUUGAGUUGUUGCAAGAAACCUGGUUUGGAGAGCGGAAAUACUACAAAGCAGCAACCGAUGCAUGCAACUGUGGCUACUCCUGCAUCUAUUAUAUGAGUGCAAUUUAAUUGUUCCAAGUCCUAAUUUAGCUUGAGUGCAAUUCAAUAGUCCCAUAUCCUGAUCUAUUUUUACUCAAUGCUUGCCUCAUGUUCAGAUAUUCUGUUGCUUUUUCGCUACUAAGAAUGUUUGCUUAUACCUUGUUCUACUAGUAAUACCUCUGUGCAUGUAUUAGCAGAUGUGGAAUAAUAUUUAGCUAGUGUUUAGGAUGUUUUACUCGAAGAGUCAACCUGGUUAAAAUAGUUUAACAUCAAUGAGUACUGCACUACAGUUAGGUUUUUCUUUUUCUUUCUUUUUGCUGCAAAGAUAAACAUUACUAUAUGAUAGAGUACAUUGUUAGAUGGACAAAUAGAUUGGAGAGCUUUAUUUUGUGCAUUUAGGAAUUUCUUCUCUAACUACAACAGGCCUUCUUCAUUGUUCUGAAAAAUCUCCUUUCCGGUCCAAAAGAAGAUGUAAGGGAGGAUGUUGAUAGCGCAACAUAGAUUGUGUCCAAUGGUAUAACUACAAAAGAGAAGCAAAUCGAAUUGCUUAUGUCAUUUAUUUACAAUGGCAGAAAGAAAACUGAAUGUAACCAAGAAUAUUCUGGGAAAGUAAUAUGGACUUAAUUGGAAUACACUGGUGAAUAUGCAUAUGGUGCAAAAGGAGGAUUCACAGUGGAAGAUAAGUAUGUGAGCUCAAAGACGACGAAAACUUGAUUUUGCUGAUUAUGAUUUAGCUUUGUGUAAAUAAUGCUAUUUUGUUUCCUCGUUCUUCAUUCUAUUCAUAUGGUAAUCUUAUUCCGUGCAACAAAAGAAGCUGAAGGGAGCAAUUUUUGUAGAAACUUGAUAUAAAAAAAAAGGAGCAUUUUGAUAGCACCAAGUUGCUUGUUCAUUGCGAAAACUAGAAGGCAAUAAGAUCUUCAAUUAAGCUGGAUUCAAUCAGCUUCUGAAUUUUUUGUGUUUUCUGUAUGAACUUGCAGGAAACAAUUUGUGGAAAUUGCGGUGAUGUUGGUGUUCAAGAAGCAAUUAUUACCUGCUGUCAGUGUAAAAAUGUUCAUGUCCAUCAGUAUUGUGUGCUGGCCUAUUCUGAAGAUGCACCAAAGGAUUGGUGUUGUGAAGAAUGUGAUAUUGGCAAGAAAAAAGCGUCUUCAUCACCUGGACCCGAAAAUAAGUUAUCUGAGGGAUCCAAGUUACAUGCCACUGCAAAGAUUGGUCACAGCACUGUGCGACCCAAGAAACCAAAAAAGUUUCCCAGUGGGCAUUGUAUUAACUGGGAAAAGGAGGUACAGACUGGGAAAACAAGAUAUCUGUCUGUUGAAGAAGCACUUGGCCUAUCAUCAGGCGUCACGAAAUAUGGAUCUCUGCUGAAAAUUACUGGCUCCUUGGGACCUGUAUCAGCCAAAUCCAUGGCAACUGUGGCUGGGAGGAAUUUUAACAAGCCUAGAGCUCAAAUUCCAAAUUCUUUUCCUGAGAAGAGUACAGUGCAGCGUUCUUUAGGUGCAGCAGGAUGUUUGAAACCUCAGAAUCCUCAAAAUGCCAAAAUCACUGAAAUGACCAAGAAACCAGGUCAAUCAUCUAAAGGUUGUGAUGGUUCUACCAUUCUGGAGUUUAGGAGCCCGGAUGCUGUGAAUGCGAGUCCAAUGAUGAUUCCACCUAAGACACACCCUUGUGAUCCAGCUGGAGUUCCUUCCUGGAAGGGAAGUUUUGUCAUCUUUGGUGAUCUUAAACCUGAGAUGCCCAAAGAUCCGAUCCAGGCUUAUCCUCCUUCAAGAGUUAGACGUAAGGUGUAUGAGUUCUCGAGGCUGUUGCCUGAUACUCUUCAAUUUGAACUAGUUCCACGUGGGCAUAUCUGGUCAAGUUUAUUCCACAAUCGUUAUCCGGGUAAAGAAGACAUAGGACUGUAUUUCUUUGCAAGUGAGAGAGAAAGGUCUGAGAAAUAUAUUGCUCUGGUGGAGUUCAUGCAUGUCAAAGAUUUGGUGAUGAGAGCGUUUGGACAUGAUGUUGAGCUGCUUGUACUUGCAUCCACAACCCUGUGCAAUGAUUCUCGACGAUUCAACAGCGAGCACUUUCUGUGGGGAUUAUUUCACCACGCAAGACAAGAUAAAGUUGGAUGGGCUGAAGGGGGCAGCAACGAAGUGAGUGAUAUGGGGAUAGACAUGAUAGGUGGGGAAGUUAUCUGUACAUCCAAUGAGGUUGACAUGGAGAUAGACAUGAUAGCUGGAGAAAAUGUAGGUAGGGUGGAUAUUUGUGUCUCGAAGAUUACAUCAGGAAAUGGCUUUGAUAGCUCUUUACAAGAAGCCAAUGAGGAUGACAUGGAGAUAGACAUGGUCGCUGGAGAAAAUAUAGGUAGGAUGGACAUUUGUGUCCCGAAGAUUACUUCCAAAAAUGGAUGUGAUAGCUCUUUUAAAGAAACUGUUAGUGCUGCUAUCUGCAAUCGGUCUGAAUCAGUUACUCUUGUUUCAAGAACCUCAAAGGGUGGUAAGGAACUUCCUCGUGUAGAUAUUAAAAGGGAACCAGUUGAUGACUUUCCUCCAGGUUUUGUUCCACUUUUAACUCCUACAAAAUGAGCUGCUUCACCUGGAAGUAAAAUCAUGGUUGCUGCCACCUUCUUGUGAAUAUCAAUUUAGUUUGUAUCAAGUGCAUUAGGUAAUGGACUUGCUACCACGAAAGUUACAAAUAGUGAAAAGCUUAGUUAAGAUGUUUGUGGCUGACGUUUAAGUGUAAAAUUGUUGUAAAUAUUUCUACUGUCACUAACUCUUAUCUGACAAAUCAGUACUUCUCGACUCACUUUCGUUAAUGAGAUCAGCAUAGGAUAUUUA